UAUUCCAGCGGUGUCCGACUUUAUUUAUAUGUGCAAGUAGAAAUGGCAGGUCAUGCUUACCAUAUUCACCAGCUUCCAUCGGCACACUCUUUUUUUUUAUCCCAUUUGUUGGGUUGCAAGAUCUGAUCUGAGCCCAGAAAAAUGGGGAGAGGGAAAGUAGAACUGAAGAGAAUAGAGAAGGCAUCAAGCAGGCAAGUGACAUUCUCCAAACGGCGAAACGGGCUUCUCAAGAAGGCUUUCGAGCUCUCCGUCCUCUGCGAUGCCGAAAUCGCCCUUGUCAUCUUCUCUUCUUCUGGGAAAUGUUGUCAAUUCGCCAGCCAUGACACGGAUAAGACUAUUGUCAAGUACCGAGACGAAUUAGGGCUCCCGCAAUCUUCACACAGCCGGGGAUGCCGAAGCAUCGAGUUUUGGAGGGCUGAAAUUCACGAGUUGACAAGAGGGAUUGAAACCAUGGAAACACAGCUCAAGCACUUGUCCGGAGAAGAUCUUUCAAUGUUGAGCAUGAAAGAGCUGAGACAACUCGAGCGACAGCUGAAGACCGGUGUCGAACGCAUCCGCUCCAAGCAGAGACGCAUCAUUUCGGAGCAUGUAAACCUGCUGAAAAGGAACCUCAAAGUCCUGCAAGAGGAAAACGCUCGUCUCCUGAAAACAGUCAAGUACCACGAGAUGCGCGACGUCGGUGUUAGGCCUGGAGUUUUUGUAGAUCACUUUUGUUACUCAGACCAAAGGGUUCCUCAGGAUGGAUCUUCCUACAUAGUAAAUGGCGGACACUGAAGUACUGGUGUGGUGGGUGGGUGUUAAAACAGGCGGUGGUUUUUCCUGAUUACAUAGGGUUGAGAACGUGUAUCAAAGCUAGGACUGCUUUUCGUUCAUAUGCUGUGUAUGUGCGUGAGAAAUGUAAUAUGGACUCAACAGAAGUCCAGACAUAUAAGCAAACUUCUACCAAUAAUAGGUAUUGUUAUUUAUCCUGAUUUCGUCGACGGCCUGAAUUUGUCCAGCUGACCAGCAUGGGUUCAACUACCAAUUCUCUAUCGAACGAGGAAGAUGCCGAGCCUCGUCUCUAUAUCUGGUUCACUUGUAAGAUUUGCUGGGUACACAGCUGAAAAGCCAGCAAUUUGUUAGGAGCCGAUAGGCGAUGGGACGAAAGAUGGAGCGUGCAAAGUCACUUCUUUUCUUCCAGAAAAAAGGGAAGGAGAAGGAUCUUCUUCGAAUACAUGUAUAUGUCCAUAAAAUUAAGGAUAUCAUGAAUAGCUUGGGGAUUAAUUGUGAGAUAUGGACUUCGUCUCCUACGUAAUGGAUGAUCGUAAUAUCUGAACUUUCUCUCA